AUGGAAGAAAGCUCCAGUUCUCCUGUUUCCCCUGUGGAUAGCUUGGGGACCAGUGAAGAGGAGCUGGAAAGGCAGCCAAAGAGAUUUGGCAGGAAGAGAAGAUACAGUAAGAAGUCCAGCGAAGAUGGCAGCCCCAACCCAGGGAAGAGGGGGAAAAAGUCCAGUCCCAGCUCCCAAUCUUACGAAGAACUGCAGAGCCAGAGGAUCCUGGCCAACGUCAGAGAGCGGCAGAGGACUCAGUCGCUCAACGAAGCUUUUGCCGCCCUGAGGAAAAUCAUCCCCACGCUGCCCUCUGACAAACUGAGUAAAAUCCAGACGCUCAAGCUGGCGGCUCGGUACAUAGACUUCCUCUACCAGGUGCUACAGAGCGACGAGAUGGACAGUAAGAUGACGAGCUGCAGUUACGUGGCUCACGAGAGGCUCAGUUAUGCCUUCUCCGUGUGGAGGAUGGAGGGAGCGUGGUCCAUGUCGGCCUCCCACUAGCCACCGCCCGGGCCGGGCCAGCCCAAGGGACUGUCCAGUGUCUGCGACUGAAGUGGAAUUGGGAUAUAUCCAAGUUUGUAGCUUCUGAAACCUUAAAAACCUCAAGAAAACUGGUCCGAAAGACCCCUCUUGACCUCCCUCGCUCUGAACUCUUGCAGAGCAUUUCAGACUGAGUAGCAAAACAGCACCCAAGAGAAGGGGCUGAGCCUUUGCAGCAUCUCUCCCCAGAACGACUGACCAAAGAGAGAAGGAGAAGCAACAUUCCUGGUUGUUCAUUGUUGUUGGGGUUCUGUGUCUGUCUGUCUGUCCGUGCGUUUGGUGUUUUAUCGCUAAUUUUUUAUUUUAUUUUUUUUUUCUGGAAACAAUCUUAAUUCAGGAACGCAUUUAUGAGGCAUCUUUGGGUUCGAGUUUUACUUCCCCUUAACUGUAUUCUUCUUUUUAUUUUUUUUUUUUUUAAUUCCAAACCUGAUUUCUUGUACAGUCAUGGCAAAACUGGACCAAGGCUCUCAGCAAAAAGACGAAAAGAAGGGAAAAAGCCCACCACUAUGCCCCCAGCUCCCUGCAUGAAUUGUUUCAAGUACAGCCUGGAUUACAGACUGCCCUCCACACUCUGCCACCUCUCCCUUAUUGCUCCAUGAUUUGCUACCACUCAUCCC